AGGGUGACCGUAAAAGGGUUAGCACCAUAUCGGACCAGCUUCUUGGACCACGGGCACAUCAAGACAGUCUGCAAACCACCGAACCCACCACUGUAUCACCAAUUUUCGUCGUUCGUUACUACCGGAUAGGAGGCGUCUGAGUCUGCGUUGAUUCCACUUUCAGAGUUAGGCAGUGCUGCGCGAUUGCGGGCUAUAUCCCCAGCAACGAAGGCGAUUGCGCCGACCGACCUUGGACACCUGCACCAUUCCCAUCCAGAUCCGCCUCAGGAGAAGGAUAAUCCGCCAAAAUGCGUCUCCGUUCCGUUCCUCUUCUAUUUGCAAUCUGCGUGUCGUUUGUUGGAGCACAAUCGACCGAAGGCGAAGGGUCUGAUGCUUCGGAAGACGCUGUAGAAACUCCGGAGCCUACGAUAUUUAAUGGAAUUUCAGUCCCUCCUCUCACCGAAAUAGAGGGGGAAUCGUUCAAUGCGACGGUACAGGAAGGAUAUUGGUUUGUCAAGCAUUACUCGUCAGUCUAUCCCCUUGCUAGUCCAGCCCUCGAUCCUGUGGUUCAUAGUCUUCUAACUUACCACCCACAGACCAUAUUGUCCUCACUGUAUCGAGAUUGCGCCGACCUGGCAAACCUUAUACGAAUAUUAUUACACUUCGAAAGUUGUUCCUUCUGGUCCCGCAGACACUGCUACGACUUCCAUGAACACUUUUACGGCUUAUUAUAAAUUCAAAUUUGGUUCUUUGGACUGUAUUGCCUAUGGUUCAACUUGUACCGAGCACGGUAUCGCAGCCUUCCCGACGUUUAUUCUAUACAAAGAUGGAGAAGAGCUCAAGAGAUUCACGGGAUCGAAGAAGAUGAAGAAUAUCAGUAGUUUCAUUGAAGAAGCUCUAGAGACCAUUAGACCUGGUUCAAGACCUGUUGGGGGGCCUGAGUUACCAGCACCUGGCGAAAAUAGUAGUAAAGAUGCUCAGGCUCCAGCUCCAGUGCUGGCGCCUACGGGAACUGCAGAACCAGCCCCUAAAGAAGACAGCCUUGUUCCAUCUGUUAGUUCAGAGGUUCCUGAGACGAAGACGAAAGGUGCGGUAUUGAAAGCUACACCUGUCAAGAGCGAAAAGCCCAAAACGCCAAGCAAGCCACAUUCAAAUCCAAACCCCUUGGGGAAAUCGAUCGCUUUCACCGCAGAAAGUUUCCAGAAUUCUGUCACAAUGACCCAGGAGCCAUGGUUCAUCAAAUUCUAUGCUCCUUGGUGUGGCCAUUGUCAAGCUAUGGCCCCAAAUUGGGUCCAGCUCGCAAAGGAAAUGAAGGGCAAGCUAAAUAUUGGGGAAGUGAAUUGUGAUGUUGAGUCGAGAUUAUGCAAAGAUGCACACCUACGAGGAUACCCUACCAUCCUAUUCUUCCGAGGAGGUGAACGUGUAGAAUACGAUGGCCUAAGAGGUCUCGGGGAUUUUGUGACGUAUGCCAACAAAGCCAUUGAUAUUGGUGGCGGAGUGAAGGAUGUUGAUGCUGCCGAGUUCGCUGAAUUGGAAGAAAAGGAAGAGGUUAUAUUCGUCUAUUUCUACGACCACGCAACCACAAGCGAAGAUUUUGCGGCUCUCGAGCGCUUAACUUUGAGCUUGAUUGGACAUGCAAAACUUGUCAAGACGAAUAGCGCUAAGCUUUCUGAAAGGUUUAAGAUCACUACCUGGCCUAGAUUGUUGGUUUCUAGAGACGGGCGUCCAACAUAUUAUACAGCUUUGGCACCACAAGAUAUGCGCGAUUUCCGACAAGUCCUUCAUUGGAUGCAAUCCGUAUGGUUGCCAAUCGUUCCGGAACUCACCUCUUCCAACUCCAGAGAAAUUAUGGAUGGAAAGUUGGUAGUUUUGGGUAUUUUGACUCGAGAGAGACCGGAAGAGUUUGCUAUGGCUAAAAAGGAGAUCAAGAGCGCCGCUUUGGAAUGGAUGGACAAGACAACUGCAGCUUUCCAACGUGAACGACAAGAAUUGAGAGAUGCCAAACAAUUGAGAAUUGAAGAAGCAGAAGACCGUAAUGAUCAGCGUGCCCUGAGAGCUGCAAAGAGCAUCAGAAUUAACAUGGAUAAGUCGGAAUUGAAGGAAGUCGGAUUCGCAUGGGUUGACGGUGUAUUCUGGGAGAGAUGGGUGCGAUCGACAUACGGAAUCGAAGUCUCAAAAGACGGCGAGAAAGUCAUCAUCAAUGACGAAGAUGUAAGUUUCUCCCCCUUUGCUGGCUCCAAGUAUAUACUAAUAACUUCCAGCAACGCCGAUACUGGGAUACAACUAUCAGCGGUAACUUCAUUAUGGCAUCAAGGACCUCAAUUCUCGAGACCAUUGGCAAAGUAAACCAGAACCCACCCAAGAUCAAGCCCAAGACCACCGUAUCUAGCCUCGAGAAAUUUUUCUUCGAUAUCCGGGGUGCCAUCUCCGGACAUCCUUUCCUUUCACUAGGAGUACUUGCCGGUAUGGCAUUAGGUAUGAUGGUCUGGGGACGCGGGCGAAUGCGAAGAUCGCGUGGCGGUUUCUUCAGGCUUGAUGAGAAGGAGGGACUAUUAGGUGGUGCGAAUGGGGGUGGAAAGGUUGAUUAGAUGGAGAUCAAGAUGUACUAUAAGCGUUUGGGAGGUUUGGGUCUCUAUGGUUUCCCUAAGGGGUUCUCUCUUUUUUUUUGCGGGUUGGGUUUGAAAUUAAGUUGUACCACUUUGUUGAGAUGAUAUAUGAAUGCUGGUUAUGAACUAUUUUCUUUUCUUGCUUCUUACAUUGUAUUUUCAUGGAGUUCACUUUUGUUAUUAGAAGAUGCUAAUUGACAGCUUACGUAUGCACCCAACUUAUUUCCUCUUGGAUAGCCAAGUAAACGAAAU